GCGGAGUGGGACCCAGGGGACUCCAGCCAAGGCCUGGGGCUGAUUGUGAUUGGACGAGGAAUCUCAGAAGGAUCUAAAAAGCACAGUUUUUCUAUGAAAAACAAAGAUCCCUUGCCUACACAUUUUACAAGUAACGUGCAGAAAGCCAUCGAUAAGUAUACCUGUGAAUCUGUGUCAUCUUUGUCAUCAAGUGGAACCGCCACCCCCACGGAGGCACACCACCCUUGGUCAGGGACGCAGAGUUCUACCACCGGCUUAUCUACAGAGAGGAGCUCCGUAUACUCUUGGAGAGAUGAUGAAUUUGACAAAGGCAAUGCUCAGAAAGUGCAGCAGUUAUUCUGGGAAGUCGAAGAAAUGUUAUUUGAAGGCAAAGUAAGCGCUCAGACCCAGAAUCUCCUGGCUGAAUGCAGUGAGUGGGCCGGAAGGUCCCUCCACCUGAGAGUGUUAGGUCGACAGCUCAUCCUGCCAACUGAUGAAGGCUUCCAGCACUUUGAGGGCAGCAGGCCUCGUUCUGUCCCCCAGAGACCCUCACUCCAGGCUUGUGGACCCAACAGCAGUGUCAGCAAGCUGUGCAUCUCUGGCUCUCAGCUCUUCCCAACUACAGUCUCAGUGCCUGCUCUGCUGGGGCCUGGGUGCCUACGGACUCCUGACCCGAGAAUAUGCUCACUCCUAGAAGAAGAAAUUUAUGCUGUGGAUGGGAAAAUGGAAGAGUAUUUCGCUUUUGAUGGAAAAGAAGAUGAUGAUGAAUAUCUUGACCAAAAAAAAGUGCACCAUGGGAGAAAGUGGCACAAACAUGGACUUCCCCCCAUCUCCCCUCAUGACUGUAUCAAAGACACAGUGGCUGCAGAGGUGUUUGACCAUGUCUGGAGAAAUAUGGUCGAGUUGUUGGAAGAGCUGCUCAGGAAACACUGGGAAACCACACUCACAGAAGGAAAAAAGAAGAAAGAAAAACCAAAAGUAGCUGAAAAUAAAUCAGAGCAUAUACUCAUUUCUCAUCCUAACACUGGUACAUCGAGUGUUCCUCCAUCUAGAAGUUCUGAAACUCGAAGUAUAUCCCUGGCUUCUCAUCUUAUUCCAUCUCAGAUACAUCGCUUCUCCAACAAUUUUUGUAGUGAUUUGAAUGGGGUUAUGACAAUUCAAGCAAAACCACUUCAACAGAGACCUAACUAUUUUGCAGAUAGAACACAUAAUGAACCAGAAGACAAAUCAGCGAAUGUAGGUGCCAGCGCUCCUUCUUCAGCACGACACCGACUCGGAAGAGUCUCAGAUGCUCGUGGACUGCAGACCUCCGCCAGGAAGACGCCUGUGCACAGAAGGCUCCCUUCACUUACUUCUGACUCACAGAGAAUUAAAACUCCCAAUGUGUAUAGUGAUGAAGUUCUUAGAGGAACGAAACUGCAAACUGGCACAGACCACAUUUCUUCCCCGGCUCAAACCUUACGAAGCAGGUUACCCCCAAUCAAUUCAGAGGCCAUUGAACAGAGUGCUGCAGUUCCUGGAUCCCGCCCUGUUUCUUACAGAGGACGGAAUCAACAAAUGCGUGUGUUAAGUGCAAUACCUGACAGUACAGAACGCUCGCCUCUCAGAGAAAGAACUAUCCUGGUUGACCAAUUUUCAAGGCCCAGCACAACCCAAACAUUUCGGUCAGACACACCUCGGAAAAGUUCAUUGACUCCAGUGGAAUUUGCUGGCCAAACUUGGACAGGUCAAGGUUUCCUGACAGGUUCACAGUAUCCACCCAAAUCGUUUCAGAGGACCACUUUGACUUCAAGAAAAAGAUUCCAAGUAGCAUCUUGA